GCUACAUCGAUUGGCAUCUCACUUGUGCUAGAAACAUGCAGUAUCGAGGUUAAGGAUAAACUGUUUGAGAUGAAAGAUAUCAUUAUACCAGAUCAAGUAUACAAGCUCAGAACAACGUUAAUAGGUAAAGGGGAUAGUGUCCCUAUGAUGACUUCAAAAGCUUGGAAUGUUAUGUUUCCAUCAGACAGUCUGAAGGGUAUAUCAAAAAGCCCAAUGGCCAUUGCCAACAGUAUAGUUUACAAUAACGUAGUAUAUAGCAAUGAAUUAGGUAGACUAAUGGGACCUGUAGAUAAUUUGUUUCUAUACGACUAUGCGGUCAAAAGCAGAGAACUUAAUAUCAACGAAUGGUUUUCUGGUACCAGAAAUAAGAUAGCAAUUCUAUUCAAAUAUAUGACACCAUUACAGGCAACAAGUACAUUGGGAAAUGUCAUGAGUUAUGAGAUGAUUAAAGCCAAAUGUAGAGUAGAAGAAGCAAGCAGACGCUACUCUCAG